GGUAAAUUUAAGAGGUGGCAUAGUCAAGCCUUACUGUUGCAACAGAAACGAAGUUGCCCCCGUGCCACACAUGCACAAUAAAACUGUAUUUGUUUUUAAUUAACUCAUACUUUCUGUAUUUUGCUAUAAACAUUUCAUGCACUAGCCCCAAGUCUCUAGUCUUCCUGUAUCCCACCGCGCACCGCGAUUUUUUCGUAGCUACCACGGCACUAGAGGGUUGGGCGUGGCGUUGAUGGUGACGAAAAGAAUAAGCACGUCGUUGAAUAGUCAGAUGCUCGCUCUGUAAACCAAUCAUCGUACAGAACCCGGGAUUCGAAUUUAAACCGUGUUCAAAUGUAGUUCUGCUUUACUGUUGUCUCUAAAACGUUACUGGACGGAAAAAUACAGCGUGGAUUAUCGAAGGAAUAAUUAAGAUCUCUUGAUCACAAACGAGACGAAUAAUAGUAUUUCACAGCAGCCAUGGUCCGAGAGAGGGUGGAGAAGAAGUCCUUCCAGGAGAGCCUGGCGGACAUCAAGGAGAAAAUGAAAGAAAAAAGAAACAAGCGACUGGCCUGCGCUACCACAGGGAAACCAGCUCUAACAUGCAUGCUUAAAACCCAGAUCACAAAUACCUCUUCAUUCAUGCUGAAAGUUCAGGCUAACAAUAAGGCAUUGGCGUUGGCUGUGCAAGCAGAGAAAGAAACAGUAAGACAAGCUCAAGAUCUCAUACUGCAUAUGAAGAAGGAGCAGCAUGCUAUGAUGUUUCACAUAUUGAUGUUGAAAAGAAAACUCAAAGCACAAGAAGCUCUGGACAGUGUACAGAGCGGUCCUAAACCGGACACAACCCGAACUGACAGGGAUUUGCACAUUUCUCCUUCAUCAAAUCCUCUGGUUAGGUGGGUUCCUGUAACUGAUUCCACUGAUCCAAAAAGUCCCACAGAGGGGUUACAAAAUCCUUGUCCUGCAAAUAGAGAAAUAUCCAAUGAUGUCCAUUCUGAUGAUAAUGAUGUCCAUAGGGGUGUAAAGGGUGCGUUUCUGCUAAGAAACGUGACAUCCAGGCGACGAGGACUUGAUUGUCAAAGAGAUGUGUCUGACAUUAGAGACUGUGUAGAUGAGACACUUCAUAAAGUUGCUCCUGUAAGUGGAAAAGCUUGUGAAGGAGAAACCUCAGAAGCUGGUGUAGAAGAAAAAGUUGAUAUUAACCAUGAAAUGGGAACUCCAGAAAGAGAGAAUGAUGCCAAGGAGACAAUGUUACAGGAAGAUUUUGAUCUGGAACUGUUAUCCAAUGAGCCAACACCUGAGCCUCAAGGUAAGGUCUCUGUAUUUGAGAAAAAACAGGAUACUGGGACCAAGACUGGAAGAGGCAGAAAAGACAAAGCUGACAGAGUUCCAUUGAAAAAGCCAUGGGAUACUAAACAACCCAGAGCCAGAUCUAAAAGCAGAGAUAGAACUCAAACUAAACCUAAGAAUCUGCCCAAUGACCAAAUAAAUGUAUCAAUUGGAUCAAAUGAUGCCUAUGACUUUAAUUGUGAGGAGGUCAUUCACAUGACCCCUUUCCGGUCCAAUAACAAUCCUAGGGAGGAAGAGGAAGACACUGUGGUGAAUGAGGCUGACCCUGGCUGUGCUUCUGAAGAUAGCAGUGACUCUGAGAGCAGUUCAUCAGAGGAUUUGGAUUGCAGCAUCUACGAACCUGGCAAUAGAAAGGGAAAGAAGAAUAAGCAAGAUUCAAGCCACCUCACAGAAAAAGCAGAAAUUCCUCCCAGAAGACCCAGGUCAAAAAGGAGGUCCAUUGUGCAGUCCUGGCAGAGAUCUGGAAAAGAAAACGUAGAUGCUGGAUCAAAUGAAGCAGUAUCUGCUGUUGGACAUAAAAAGCUAAAGGUUACAGCAACCCAAGCUCCCAAAAUGAAAGCUGACUGCUGCCAUGAUAUGAACUUUUCACAUCUACCAGCAGAUAUGGAAGUAGCCCACAAAAUGGAGAAACCUUUAUAUGGAACUGUGUUUAAUGGGGAGACUGAAGAAUAUCCAGCAGGUGAAGCCCUUUGUGAUGUCACAAAUAUUUCCUCUGCAUCCCGUGAGAAGGAAUUGAAGACAUCCAGCACUCUCCUAAACAGCAAGACUGAAAAGCCUGCAACACCUGUUCGGAAGCGCAGAUGCACACUUUCUGUGUCCUAUAAGGAACCCACUCUAAAUGCGAAACUGCGCAGAGGGGACAAGUUCACUGAUACUGAAUUUUUACAUUCGCCAGUCUUCAAACAAGAAUGUAAGAGGAAAUCCAUAAAAACAGAGAAGUUUGUGAAAUAUAACGAAUCAUUUGUUGGCUGCCGUCCUUAAUGUUUGUUCUUUAUUUUUUAUUUUUUGAAAGCUAUUUCAAAGAAUUGCUUUUUAUUCUGUACAUAAUUAAUUGGCAUAAGGGAAUGUUGGCAUAUUGGCUUCUUUUGGUGAAUCAUUUUAUAGAUUCAAUUUGGCAAUAUAUCCCCCGCCCUUUCCACAAUUUCGGAGCUGUGAAGUAUACACCAGUGUAUAAAUGCAGAACACUGUGUAACACAAUUUUUGUUCCUGGGUAGUAAGUGUUAUUUCCUAAUUGCUUAUGCCUCAAAAGUAUGGAAAAUGGCUAUUAUUCCCCACAAACUUUGCUUUUGUGACCAGGACAAUGAUAUUUUGAAAUUUACCUAUUUCCAAUGAGAAAACAGGUGAAUUUGUGUCUUUUCGUUCACAUAAAGUCAGAAAAAAACAACAUAUGAAUCCAAAUUAACAUGUAUUUGUACUAAAGUAAUACACAAAUGACUACAAAAGAUUUAGAAGUGAGUAGUUUUUCGAGAUUUACGAUUAUACUGUAAAUCACUUUCACGAAUCAGCCCCCAAAUGUAGUCUCCCAUCAUGUUCUCGUUAUACUGUCCUUGGUAGCGGCGUUCAAAGUCCAGUAUAUCCUGGUGGAAGCGCUCGCCUUGCUCCUCCGAGUACGCUCCCAUGUUCUCCUUGAAUUUAUCAAGAUGAGCAUCAAGGAUAUGGCCUUUGAGGGACAUCCUACAGCCCAUUGUGCCGUAGGUCUUCGCCAGAGUCUCAACCAGCUCCACAUAGUUUUCGGCCUUGUGAUUGCCCAGGAAGCCCCGAACCACUGCGACAAAGCUGUUCCAAGCCGCUUUCUCUUUACUAGUGAGCUUCUUGGGGAAUUCAUUGCACUCCAGGAUCUUCUUUAUCUGUGGUCCGACGAAGACACCGGCUUUGACCUUUGCCUCAGACAGCUUAGGGAAGAAGUCUUGGAGGUACUUGAAGGCUGCCGACUCCUUAUCUAGAGCUCUGACAAAUUGUUUCAUAAGGCCCAAUUUGAUGUGCAGUGGUGGCAUCAGCACCUUCCGGGGGUCCACCAGUGGCUCCCACUUGACGUUGUUCCUCCCCACAGAGAACUCGGUCCGCUGUGGCCAGUCCUGCCUGUGGUAGUGUGCCUUUGUGUCCCUGCUGUCCCAAAGGCAAAGAUAGCAGGGAAACUUGGUAAAACCGCCUUGGAGACCCAUCAGGAAUGCCACCAUUUUGAAGUCUCCUAUGACCUUGAUGCCAUCUCAGAAAAAUGCAGAUAUGUAUCCACUUAGGCAGCUGGAACUAAACUGAACUGGUGGGCUUAAGGCCUAGUAUUUAUACUACUAUUUAUAUUACUGGAAAGUUCUAGAAAGUUCUAGAAGUUACUCCAAGUUUAAAUUUCAAAAUAUCACUGUCCUGGUCACAAAAGCAAAGUUUGUGGGGAAUAAUAGCCAUUUUCUAUACUUUUGAGACAUAAGCAAUUAGGAAAUAACACUUACUACCCAGGAACCAAAAAAAAAAAAUUGUUACACAAUUAUACACAAUUAUUACAAAACUAUAAAACUACUCAUUAUUGCACAUCUUUUGAUCAAGACAAAUGUCUGUAUAAUACAUAUGGUUAGGCAGACAGUAACAUGCACAGUAAUACAUUGAAGACCUCUUCCACAACUUUAACAUACUUAUCCUUGAAAUAACAUCACACAUUCAUCAACAGUUUCUAUAUGAUUAAAUUACGUUAGAAAAGUUUUUACAACCAAUAAGCAUGCAUUGGGCUUGUACUACUGUAGUUAUAUACAUCACAUUUACAAAAUGCUCUUAUCUACUGUUAAUUUAUAGGUUUUGCAUAAGUACUGUAGAAUAAAUUAAAUGCAGGGUUUUAUCCCUUUGGGGUCCCAUCUUACAUGGAAUACAUUUUUUGUAAAAUAUAUAUUUUGGGUGUGGGGGAUUCUGUGUAU